AUGGACUCACUGGCUCACGACCCCGGAUACAACCAGCUGGAUACAUUUCUGUAUCUAGCUGUGGCACAAGCUAUAACUUUAGGCUUGAACCAAGAGAACUAUAGUGCCAAAAUCCAGAGCCAACCGACUCCUUACCUUAGGCAAGAUGAUCUUGUUCAUGACCAAGCUUCAGCUCGCACCCUGGAAGAAAAACGCACCUUUCUGGGAUGCUAUUAUCUUACCAUGAUAUAUUCAGUAUGUCUGAAAGACAUGCAGCCCUUGAAAUUUACAGAUUAUGCAGAUGAAUGCUGUCAAACGUUAUGUAAUGCUUCAGAGUUCCCAAAUGAUACAUACGGGGUUCAUUUGGUCCGUACGAUGCAUCUCGCGGAAAAGAUUCUUCGUGCAAAUUCGGGGCAAGAGUCGAAAUCCACUAUUAUUAUCUCGGCUCCAGUCGGACUGAGCCUGAGAGGGUAUCAAUCUGAGAUCAAGGCCCUCAAAGCUUCGUUCUCGUGUGAUUUCCCACAAUCAGCCACGUUGGACUUCCAUUACAAUACCCUUGAGAUACUUUUGUAUCGCGUUUCCCUCGGCAACGAUCUUUCAGAUGCUCAAUAUGGCGAUUACCCGGUGACACUGCUUGACCUCCUGUUUCGCUGCUUGGAAACAACAAAACUUUUCUUCCAGAAUUUUUAUUCAUUGCCAUCCGCUUUAUUUCCACUCUUGCCGUUCACAUUCUACUGCCAAUUUGGCCAGGCCAUUGUAACUCUAUCGAGGUUAUCCCUGUACCAAACAGACAAAGGCGAUUGGGAUCGUGACUAUGUGCAACAGACACUUGAUCUAGAUCACACAGUUGACAGGCUGACACGAAAAAUGGAAGAAGUGCAGCUUUCUGCUUCCUGCACCAGCGGAUGUAGUCAGCAAAAGACAGAUGAGCUGCCGGAAAUUUAUGGAAAGAUCAGUCGGGCUACGAAAAUGAUUAAGGAGGCGCAUCUUUCAAGAAAGUGGGCCAUGGAGAAAGCUCAAAUACAGACAGAGCAGCAAGUAUUCUCAGAUUUUGAUUUCAUGUCCAGCGUCCCCAUAGAUAGUUUUUUUACCAUCCCGGACUUUGGAAACCUGCCGGAUGCUUUUGAAGGGCUCAUAUAG